AUGUACCAUGUAAAAGAAUACUACGACCAGGUAGAACGGACACAGCCGGGCAUCACUAGAAGGGUGUACAUUGCUACAGAUGAACCAACUGUAUUGUCAGAAGCUAUAAAGAAAUACCCAAACUACACAUUUAUCAACGACUUCAACGGUACACGGACAGCGUCAAUGGCAAGCAGAAACUCAAAGGAAUCCCUCCACGGAAUCAUCACAGAUGUGUAUUACCUGGCCCGUUGUGAUUACUUAGUCUGCACCUUCUCUUCCAAUGUUUGUCGACUGGCGUACGAGCUGAUGCAGACUGUCCAUGGAGAUGCCUCCACGAAUGUCCGUUCACUGGAUGCUAUGUAUUUCUUUCACGGACAGAACGGUCAUCAGAGUUCUGCUGUAGAAGCUUAUCGGAGCAACAAGACGGGGCAUAUCGAGCUGAAGCCAGGGGAUGUAAUCUCUGUAGGGGGCAAUCAUUGGAACGGCUUCUCAAGGGGAACGAAUCAAAGGACCAGACAGACAGGCCUCUUCCCUUCUUACAAAGCUGAAGAUACUGUUGUAGCUGCAGACAUUCCGACCUACCCCCAAGUUCCACUCAAGUUAAGCAAGGAGACUAGCAGGGAUUCUUCUGCUGCUUCUUUUUUAUGUUCACCAGCUGGCGGAAAGCUCUGGUUAUUCAUCCACUUUUUGACUGCAGCCCUGUUCCAGAUCCUUAGUGUUGCUUGA